AUGGGUGAUUCCAAUAUGGUGGAUGAUGGGCUAGCAAAUCUCAACAUUAUGGACGAUGAAGAAGAGCCCUUGGUGGUCGUAGGGGCCAACAUUGCUACAGGUCAAUUAUAUGAUUUGUGUUUGGUUGGGCGAGUUCUUAAGGAUAGUGUGGUUAAUUUUCCUUCUGUAAAAAAUACACCGACUGAUUUAUGGCAUCCGUUGAGGGGCGUGGCUAUUUCGGAAUUAGAGGGUAAGAGGAUUUUAUUCAAGUUUUACAGUGAAGUCGAUUUAAAUCGAGUCAUGGACGGCAUGCCCUGGUUUUUUAACCGACAUCUCAUUAUUUUCCAUAGAUUAAUAGAGGGUGAGGAUCCAAUCACAGUGUCUCUUUGGGAAACGGUGUUUUGGGUGCAAAUUCACAAUCUUCCAGUUGGAGUUGUAACCGAGGGGAUGACUAGACAGUUUGGGGAUUUUAUCGGUAAAUUCUUAGAAUAUGAUACUUCAAUGGUACUCAGAGGAGUCAGUAGAUUUAUGCGAAUUAAAGUAUUAUUGGAUACUCGUUCUCCGCUUAAAAGGAAGAAGCUGAUUGAUAUUGGUCAGAGUAAAUCAUCUUAUGUUUCUUUCCAGUAUGAAAGGUUGUCAUUAUUUUGUUUUCUCUGUGGUCGGUUGGGGCAUGGUAAAAGUUUUUGCCAAGUCCGAUUAACGUUGGGGAAUCAACAAGUGGAAUUUGGGUAA